AGCCUGUGUCAUCCUGGGGGUGAUAUUCCUUCUGUCAUCCAUAUGUAUAGUGAGCAAAGCCAUCCAUGACCUCUCCAUUAAGCUGCUCCCAGAAGUGGAUGACUUCCUGUUCAGCGUCUCCAUUUUGAGUGGGAUCCUCUGCAGCACGCUGGCCGUGCUGAAGUUUAUGCUGGGGAAGGUCCUGACCAGCAGAGCACUCAUAACCGACGGGUUUAACUCCCUCGUGGGAGGCGUGAUGGGCUUCUCUAUUCUUCUGAGCGCGGAGGUGUUCAAGCAUAACUCAGCGGUCUGGUACCUGGAUGGCAGCACAGGUGUGCUCAUCGGCCUUAUCAUAUUUGCCUACGGGGUCAAACUCCUCAUCGACAUGGUGCCCAGGGUGAGGCAGACGCGCCACUACGAGAUGUUUGAGUGAAGGGCCCGAGCGCCUGUCUGCAUCUGCAUGAAGACAUCAGGACGACGAGAGGGUCCCACACGGCGGACGGUGCCAGUAUUUAGCUGAACAUCCACUUUCUUAUUUGGAGAGUUUGUGUUCACGGGAACAGGCGUGCCCAGCAGGUUGGUCUGCACUGCUCCCCUCGCCCACCUCCCCCGUCACCCCAUCAGGACGCCGUGCACAGGAGGGGACACUGGUUUUCCCAUGCCCAUUGGGAACUGGCUGUUUCUGUUUUCUGGAGUAAAAAGGUUCCUGUGGGUCGGAUAAGGUCUCUGCUUGGCAGGAAGUUCUGAAACAGAGCCACUGACCACACCCACCUCCUCUGGGCAUGGAGCAGCUCGGGCCCUCGGAGCUCAUCUCUCCGGCAGAACUGAAGGGAAGACCGUGUGUACCCUUCUGUCCCUCACCCUUCACAUGCCCAGAACCGUCAGUGUCGCACUUCCUAAUUCCUAUCACUGUAUUUCAUUAGUUUCAUACUGUUUUACUAAUCCUGAAUCUAAACAGAUUGGUUCAAAAGGAGAUCGUUCUAUUUUUAAAGUAUUUAGUGAUGUACGUGUGAGCUUUGCAUGGACGAACUCAGCACAUGACCCUUUCUUGUACAUCAGAACCUGCACACACAUGUAAAAACAGGACCCGUUUUUGACAGAUGUGAAACCACCAUUUAUUUGUAAUAAAUAAUUACACAAUCUA